UUUCAUUAUUCUCCUCUCCCGUCUUGCUUUCGCCUUCUCUCCAGCUCUUUUUUUUCUUCUGCGAACGGGGCGUUUCCCUUCGACUUCCACCAGUCUUUCGGCUUUGGCGGGACGAGCGGGUUUUAAAACCCGGGUCUUUCGGGCGUGAGAACCGGGUUUUUGGGGAAAAGAUGGCGGGAGGGAAGCGGCCGGGGAUGCCGCCGGAGGAUCAGCGGUGCAGCCGGAGCGACGGCAAGUCGUGGCGGUGCAAGAACUGGAAGAAGGAAGGUGUGAGCCUCUGCGAGGCUCACUACGAGCAGCAGGUCAGGAGAAGUAGCGUUAGGGUUUCGCCGCGGGUGGGGGGAGGCAGGGGUCGGCCGAGCCGGCGGAGGAAGAGGAGUGAUGAUAGGACAUUCCGGCUGCCGGCGGCUAGUUUGGGGGGAGUGUUCGCCAUGAGGGAUAUUCAGAUGAGGGAGAGGAGGCCGGUGAAGCCGAUGGUGGUGGACGAGCUGGGAAGCGACGAGGAAGAGGAGGAAGACGAUCUUGCAAAGGGCAACGAAGAAGACGAAUACGAAGACAUUUUGAAGGUGGGGAAGAAGCGAAAGAGAAAGCAUUUGAAGAAGAAGGGUAGAAAGGGGAAAGAUGCUAAGAAGGUCGAGAAGGAGGAUUUGGAAGCUGGACCCUCUUCUGUUGCUAGGGUUACGAGGAAUUCUAACAAGGCUUCAGGUCCUGAGAGAAAGCCUGAGGGUUCCAAGAGGAAGCAACUGACAGGGGAGGAUGCCCUAAUGUGCCACCAGUGUCAGAGGAACGAUAAGGGAAGAGUGGUAUGGUGUUCAAGCUGCAAAAAGAAACGCUUUUGUGUGCCAUGCAUGACUCGCUGGUAUCCUCAUUUAUCAGAGGCUGAUUUUUCAAGAAAAUGCCCAGUUUGCUGCAACAACUGUAAUUGCAAGGCAUGCUUACGUAUGAAAGGAGUUCCUGAGCCUCCUGAAAAAAAGAUCAAGAAAGCUGACAGAGUUCAAUACUAUUGUUAUAUUGUACGCUUAUUGCUGCCAUGGUUGAAAGAACUACGCCAGGAACAAAUGGCGGAGAAGGAAAUUGAGGCCAAGAUCCGAGGUUUUAUGUCGACCGACCUAAAGAUAAAAAGAGCUAAAUGUCAAAAGGAUGAACGUGUAUACUGCAACAAUUGCAGAACCUCUAUUGUUGAUUUGCACAGAAGCUGUCCUAGCUGUUCGUAUGACUUAUGCCUUGGUUGCUGCCGGGAGCUUCAUGAAGGUCGCAUACCUGGUAGUGAUGGCACAGUAAUUUUGCCAUAUCAAGGCAGCCGUAAAGAUUAUGUGCAUGGGGGAUCUCCUCGUCGUAUGAAUACAGGUCGAGCUAAUAGAAAACAAACUCAAGAGACUUCUUUAGACGGUCAUAUUGCUAUCUCCACUGAUUGCAUGACUCAUAUGAGAGAAUGGAAAGCAAAUAGUGAUGGCAGCAUUCCUUGCCCUCCAAAGGAGAUUGGGGGAUGUGGCAACUCCCUUUUGGAGCUGAAGUGCAUGUUUCCUGAAAAGUUGCUCCGUGAGUUAGAGGAGAAAGCUGAUGCAAUUGCUACAAGCAAUAAGUUUGUGAAAUUUGGGGACGUGUCCCGUUGGUGCUCCUGUUUCACCGCAUCUGGCGAUAUUAAGGCUGGGAGUGAUAUGUUGCGGAAAGCAGCUUGUAGGGAAAAUUCUGGUGAUAACUAUUUGUACUGUCCAACUGCUAGAGAUAUUCAACAGGGAGAACUACAGCACUUCCAAAACCAUUGGGUAAAGGGGGAGCCGGUGAUUGUUCGUGAUGUGCUGGAGCUUACUUCUGGCCUGAGCUGGGAGCCAAUGGUUAUGUGGCGUGCAUUAAGAGAGAAGACAAAUUCUAAGAUUGCAUCCGAGCAGCUGGCAGUAAAGGCAAUUGAUUGUUUGGAUUGGUACGAGGUUGAGAUAAAUAUUCACCAGUUUUUCAGAGGAUAUACUGAGGGGCGAACUCAUGAUAAUCAAUGGCCUGAGAUGCUAAAACUUAAGGACUGGCCUCCAGCCAGUGCCUUUGAGGAGCGGCUACCUCGUCAUGGUGCUGAGUUUAUAGCUGCUUUGCCAUUCCCAGAAUAUACAGAUCCUAGGUAUGGUCCUCUAAAUCUUGCAGUGAAGCUGCCUAAGGAUGUUCUAAAGCCAGACCUGGGGCCCAAAACAUAUAUUGCUUAUGGUCUUGCUGAAGAGUUAGGCAGGGGUGAUUCUGUGACAAAGCUUCACUGUGAUAUGUCUGAUGCGGUGAAUGUGUUGACACAUACAGCAGAGGUUACCCUUUCUGAUUAUCAGCUUUCCAGGAUAGAGAAGUUGAAAAAGAAACACAGGGAUCAAGAUUUAAGAGAACAGAUUUAUACCAUACAAACAGGUCCAGAAGAGAGCUCAUCACUCUCUCCAGGGAAAUCUGCAAUGGAGCCACCUGAUGAUAAUUCAAACAUCAGCUUAACUGCUGGGGCAAAGCACUCCAUGCAAACUUCAAAUAUAGAAAAUGACCUUCCUGUGCAAGCAAACAAUAUAUGUGAUGAUUGUGUUGGUGAGGAAAAAAUAGUUUCUCUCUCUAUAGCUGAAUCUCAUGUGAAAAAAUCAGAUGUUAAAUUUGAGGAUGCAAUGCAUGUUAAGAAAGAUGCUGAUGCAGGCUUUUCUGAUUUUGAAGCUGAAAAAAGUGUAAUAUGUGAUGAACAAGAGGGACAAAAUGGUUGUUUUUCAAAUGACCAUCAGCUUGCUCAGAAUGAAGAUUUAAAAGAAUGUCAAAGAACUGGAGAUGAUGGUCAAGUAGCUGAUGGAAUUUGUCCGAAGCUAUCUAUUAACAAGUCUGUCAUGGAAUCCAUUGAGUUACAUGCAUCAGCUGGUGAGGCAGAAGAGAAGAAAGUGGGUCAAAUGGCUUCUUCUAAUUUGAAUGAUGAAGAAACUCUUAAAAAUCAACAGAUGGGUCAAGUGAAUGUAUGCCAAAAUGAAAUCCAGCAUUCUGGCGCAAUUUGUGAUGAUCUAAAAGGGACUGUUAAAGUUCAUACUGAAGAUCCAUCUGUAAUUAAAUCCACAUCCAAUUUGGUUGAUAUUCAGUCAUGUGCCAUUGCUGAUGGAGAAUUUCCAAUAUCUCAAUCCUCCUUGAAGGAAAUUGGUCGGUCUCAGCCAAUAUCUGUGGUAAAUUCUGGAAAAAGGAGUUGGUGAGGAGCAUCUGAUCAGGAGACUGGUGUCGAAGCUGAAGCAGGUAAUGAAGAUUGCCAAACUGGGCUGCAUGUUAUUUGCAAUUUUCCUCUAUGUCCUGUUACAACUGAAAGCAAUAGAGUGUCUUUCUCUCAAGGAGUUGAUCAAGGAGAUGAUGCUAGCCAGAUUUCCAUUAAAAUUGGAAAUAAUGAAAUGUGCAAUGCAGAUGUUAAGGAUGAUGAUGAAAUGCUUGUGGUUAAGACAAAACAAGGUCUGAAAAGGGGCAGACCUGCUGGCAUUAUAAAGAAGUCGGGCAUUGUAGUGCCUGGUCAAACUUCAGGGAAAAUUCAGAAUGAGGGAGAAGCUGUAAUGCAUUCUCCUAAUCUCUUACCUGAAGACAAAUCUGGUAAUGAUGUGGCGAUACAAGCUGAGGGUAGCAAUCGCAAAGUUUCUGAAGGGCCAGAUGAGGGAACAAAAAUUAGAAGCAGGAGGAGAAAGCUGGGGAGGAAGGCUGCAUUUUCUGGUCAAAGAAUGAGAAGAGAUCUUGAUUCUAUUGCUGUAAACACUGAAACCGCAAAAGAUUCUGAUGGUGGUGGAGUGAAGGAAGUUUCAGAUUUGAAAAACUAUACAGUGGCAAAGGAAGAUGGGGGUUCAGAUAAAGAGAGAGAGCAACAACCUGCUGUAUUGGGUGACAGUAUAGAGCGAAAAGAGCAAAAGCAGCCAGAAGGAGGUGCGUUGUGGGAUAUUUUUCGAAGAGAAGAUGUUACGAAGCUCCAGGAAUAUCUUAGAAAGCAUGCUAGAGAGUUCAGGCAUGUCCACUGUUCUCCAAUUGAACAGGUGAUUCAUCCUAUUCAUGAUCAGUCUUUCUAUUUAACCUUGGAGCACAAAAGGAAGCUUAAGGAUGAAUAUGGAAUUGAGCCUUGGACAUUCGAGCAAAAGCUUGGCGAGGCCGUCUUUAUCCCAGCUGGAUGUCCCCAUCAAGUCAGAAAUCUAAAGUCAUGCAUAAAGGUUGCGAUGGACUUUGUGUCUCCUGAGAAUGUUCGUGAGUGCAUUCGAUUAACAGAAGAAUUUCGCAUACUUCCAGAAGAGCACAGGGCUAAGGAAGAUAAGCUAGAGGUUAAGAAAAUGGCUCUCCAUGCAUUCAACCAUGUUAUAAAGGAAUUAAAAGACUAUAAUUUUAAACCAAGGUCAAAGGCUGAUUCUGAAGAACCAAUAGUAGAAUCUGAAGAUGACGAGAAACCAAUGAUGGAAACAGAUCCGCCACAGGAUAUCGGGGACCCAACUGCAUCAAUGUCAAAGGAUUUGAAGUCAUCUCGCCCAUUGUCAACUUCAUGUUCUGAUGGCUAACCUCAGAAAAGUUUACCCGAUUUUGAUUUAUCAUUCUGGAAAGGGCGCAGACUGCGCAGCAGUAUACUAAUAUUGUUAAUUAAACUGGGAUAGCCAUAUCCCUUCAAUUGGUACUGCUUCUUCUGCAGAGUCCAAAAACUUCAGUCUGUCAUUUUGGCACAUGCCACAUGUUGCUGUGGUAUGACUGAUAAUAGAGGCUUUCUGUAGGGCCCAUUGUAUGAAAUUACCUUUGUAAAUUUUUGAUCUACCAUCCAUCGGUCUUAUAUAGAUAGUUUUAUUGGGAUACAUCAUUUUGAACAGUUCUCAAAUGGAAAAUCGUUUCAUUCUAAUUUGGA